AUGGCGUCAGAAAUAGAUGUCGGUCCUAGUGAACGUCGGUCAAUAACAGCUUCGAACAGAAGACUCCGUGAAUUAGAGAGACGCGGACGUGCUCGAGUGCAUGAUGAUGACAUGCACAUUGCCAUGGAUGAUGAUCCUAUACAUGGUGCACCAGUUAUGAAUGAUAUUGCUAUGGAUGAUGACUCUACUGGUUAUGAUGCUGACAUUGUUGAUGAAGAUAUCCUUACUCAGCCAUUUCCGGGAGGUCCAACUAAUCCAUCAAUCCUUAAAAGCUUUAAAAGUCAUAUUGCCGCAGCUAUUUGGAAUGGUGCUGAUGAAAGGGGGCCCUUAAAGUGUCAUAAUCACUCAUUUAAGAUUCGUCCGUGGCCGUGGUGGGAACAAGGAAACAACGCUACAUUUGUAAACAUUGUGGAGAUGUCAAGACUUGCACAAUUAGCUCGUUGCACAUACCGCUUUGUCAAUAAAAUUGUAGUGUCUAGUUUUGUUAAGAGAUGGCAACUGGAGACAAACACCUUCCAUUUGAUUGUUGGAGAGAUGACUAUCACAUUGGACGAUGUCGCCACUAUCCUAGGACUUUCCAUUGUAGGCAAAUCUAUUAGUGUGCGUAAGUUGUCAGAAAGGCGGGCCAUUGCAUUAAUAGUUAAUAUCUUGGAAAUUGAUGAGCAAGACGUCAGACAUGAGAUAUGUAGUGCUGAAGGCAAUUCAGUGAGGCUUGAGUGGUUGAGGGCACACUUUCAUAAUGUCACAGACAAUGAUUCAAUGGAAAGAAUUGCAUGUGCAGGUAGAGCAUACUUGCUAUUUUUGUUGGGUUGUACACUUUUCAGUGACAAGACUUGUACUAGGGUCCCCGUUGUUUAUUUGAGUUUGUUAUCCGAUUUGACGAUUGUAUCUUCAUAUGCUUGGGGUGCUGCUGCAUUGGCAUACUUAUAUAGACAUAUGGGGUAUGCUAGCAGGUCCGGCGUGAAACAAAUAAUCGGUUACAUGACACUCCCUGAGGGAUGGAUUUAUGAGAACUUUCGUGGAUUCCGACCACACUUGAAUAUGAAUUACACUCGAGACAUGCCACAUGUUUACCGUUGGACUUCUUAG